CACAAUAUUUUUGAGAGUCUUCGUGAUACAAGCGUAUAUUAUAAUGUUUUUUGUAUUGCUUCAGAAAGUUAUAACCCUUCAAUUAUUUUGCUCCAGUCAUACUGUGUAAAAUGUAUUUCUUUCUCGAAUUUAUUUAGUUGUGCCGGUGAAUACCAUGCAGUUUGCCGUAUCAAAAAUUAUUUUGUUUUACUUUCCUUUGUGAUUUUUAAACAUUUUUAUGGAAUGUGAAAGAUACUGGAUUACUGUUUUUCAGUAUUUUUGCUUCUUAGCGAAUCUCAUAAAUGAUCAUAUUGAGACUAAAAAUUCUGCCUUGAAACACAGUGCUUAACUUGAUAGAAAUGUAGAAAUUUUACAUUAUUUCGAAGGAUGUAAGGAAUUUAUGAAUAUAAAACAGAUUACAUGAAUUUGUAAAUUAGCCUUGUUAAUGUGCAUUUUCGUUUAUAAUAAAAUAUGCUGUUGUGCUCAUUGACCGUUUACCAGCAUGAAACGUUAAUAGUUGUUAAGUGAGUGGAUGAAAAAGAUACUAUAGUUAGAAUUGUAAAAAAAAAAAAGCACCUGAAUAAUGGCUACAAAGCGCUCUCUUGAUCAAGAUCCUGAGUAUGAAGCCAUACCAUCAGAGAUACAAGAAAAGCGUAUCAAAUUGAUGGAAGACAAUGUGAGAAAUCAAACUAAAAAGAAAAUUGAAAGUAUUAUAAAAUCGAAUUUUGAACAGGAAAUUGCUGCUAAAGAUGCUGAAAUUGAUGCCAUUGAUGAACAUUUGUAUGAAUGUCGAGCAAUGCUGGAUCGUCUAAGAGCAUGUAUAAUAACAAAAUAUUAUGCCACAUUAGGACAAGAACAGAUGCCUUCAGAAAAUUCUGCGCCUUCUAUUCAUCCUACGGUUAAAAAGUUUUUGGGUAAAACUCCAAGGUUUACAAACUACAAUUCAACUGAAGUGUCUAGUGAUAAUAAUGAAAAUACUUUCACAAAUUCAAGCAAAGUUCCAGUAAUAGAAAAUUAUUCCAAUUCAAAUUCUAAUGAUUUACCAUCAUCUCAGAAUGCUGAAAAGAUCGGGCUGGAAUUAUCCAGCUCUGCUAAGAAUGAUGACAUUCCUACACGAGCUCCAAGGUUUAAAACAAAGGCAAAAAUAAUUGUUGGAAAUAUAUCAAACUUUAUUCCUAUCUGGAAGCGAGAAGAUCAGUCAACUCAUAGAUGGAUGGUUUAUGUAAGAGGUGAUAAAGACAGUCCUAAUAUAGAAAGUUUUGUAAAAAAAGUUAGAUUUCUUUUGCAUCCAAGCUAUCGGCCAACUGAUGUUAUUGAAAUAAGCAACCCUCCAUUUCAUUUAAAGAAAUAUGGUUGGGGAGAAUUUCCUGUCCGUGUGCAGUUACAUUUCCACGAUCCACGAAAUAAACCUGUAGAUAUUAUUCAUAAUUUAAAGCUGGAUAAAACUUUUACUGGCUUACAAACUCUUGGUGCUGAAACAGUUGUAGAAUUGCAGUUAUUUAAACAAGAUGAUAAAAUGACUAUUCCUUCUGCAUUACCUUUUACCGAAACUUCAUCUAUUUGUGAAAUGCAUGGAAGCCAAAGAAAUUAUAAUUUAAAUGGUACAAAUAUACUUGAAAAUGAAACAAGUGCUGAUGAAAGUAUUUCUUUUAAAAUGGAAAUGGAUAUAGAUUCUUCAGACAGAAGUACAGAACUUCCUGCGUGUGUCAAAAAGGAGGUUGAGGGUGAUACAAUAUCAAAUGACAAUGAUAAUAUCUCAGCCAAUAUAAGCGGUGAUAGUGAAAAACAACAGUGUUUAAUAUCUCAACCUAUUACUGCCAAUAAUAGAUCUGUUUUAUCCAAAAUAGCAGUUCCUAGCACUUCACUUAACAAUACUUCUGUAGAUAUUGCUCCAAAAUCUAAAGUGAUCCCAAAUGGUGUAAAUACUACAUAUGUCAAAUGUACUGAUGCUGAAGGUAGAGUGUUGCUAGUCCCACAGUCUUCUCUAUUAUGUAUUAAAUCUGAAAAACUGAAUGUUUCAAAGUCAACAUCCAACAUGGCAGGUAGCAAUACUUCUUCCUGCAUUAAACCUAUCAGUGAGACACUUACCAAUUCAAAUGCUACUCUUCCGUCAUAUAUUUUAAAGUUUGUUCCUGACCAAGACAGUGGACAAAAUCAAGUUUUCCUUAUUCCUGUGACAGAAAAAAAAGUACAGUGCACAGAGACUAAUUUGCUACCUAAAGUCAAAAAAGAGAUUUUAAUGAAAUCUAGCAACUCUUUAGAAAAAGGUCGUAUCACAUCUAAAGGAGAGAUUCCCAUUAAAAGUUCAAAACCUGAUAUUGACUGGGAGCAAGAAUUAGAUCAAAUUAA